UAUUGGAAAAAACGAAGAGCAAUAAUGUCAAACGAGCUCUUGAACAGAUGCUUUGCGUUGAGUCGCAUAAAAUUUGCUUGUCACUCUAUCCGCUGCGAGGUUAAUUCACGGGAAAUAAUCAGAAUUAAUGGAAACUACCUAAUUGCCGUCGCUCCAUGCGACGAAAUUUUACGUGGCGCGCUAUCACGCUUGUUUGUUCGUUCGAUUCUUUUUUUCUUCCUUUCGGAUAUCGUCCUCGACUCGGUCGACCCCAAGAACUCGAAAGUCAAUCGCACGGCGUCGAAAGGCGCCUGCAGGCGCCCGGUGAUAACAGCUUCCGGGUGGAACGCCACGCGUCUAGAUAUUUGUGCACCGUGCCCGCGUCCCACGCUGAUUCGCUGCUUUGAGCCGUUUGGCAGGGUGGUGAAGUGGGGUGGAGGGAAACACUGCUUCGGAGUAUUUCGGAGUAAUCGGAGUUGCCGGGCUGUUCGGAGCUGUCAGGUACUGUCAGGAAUUAUAUAUGACGUAAUUGUUGAGCCACCUAGCGUAGGAUCUACGACGGAUGAGCAUGGUCACACGAGACCCGUAGCGUUUAUGCCCUAUCGUGUAAAUGGACAGUAUAUCAUGGAAGGUUUAGCCUCCAGUUUCUUGUUUACAGUAGGAGGCUUGGGAUUCAUCAUCCUAGAUCAAACACACGGUCCAUCAACGCCGAAACUUAACCGAGUUCUCUUGAUCUGUGUUGGAUUCCUCAGCAUACUUGUAUCAUUUACUGCAUGCUGGAUUUUCAUGAAGAUGAAACUUCCUGGGUAUCUGCAAUCCUAAGUCAUAAGCGAUUGUGAAUUCCACGAGAUAUAAUGGUGAAAUAUCAUUUUUAUAUCAUAUUGUGUAAGAUAUUGUGUAAGAAUUAUACAGGAUGUUGUAACAGAGGACUGGUAAUUUUUAUAAUAAAGUAUAAUAUA